ACACUUGGAUCUUUAAAAAUAUGAAUUCAGUAGUCGGUUCAUUGAGAAGAUUCGAAUCGUUCAAACUGUAAUAUUUUUUUUUUACUAGACAGAGCUCUGUGAUGAAACAUGGCGGGCGCCUCCGACCCCCUGGAAGAUAUGCUAUUUUCAGAGGUGGACGAAAAAGCUGUGAGCGAUCUGGUGGGUUCUCUAGAGUCGCAGCUUGUUGGCCAAAGCAACCCAGCAGGUUCCCAUUCGGAGAAAAGAGGCGUUGGUACUACAGGCAAUGCAAACCACCACUUAGGAAAAACGCCACCUGCCCAAGUGGGCACUACACGAGAACAGCAACAACAACAAGGACAACAUAAAUCUGAGAUGCACCAGGAAACCAACUCUAAAGAAAUCGGCGCUGAAAAAACAAUUACAUCCUCAUCACUAAGUUCCGUUCCGUCCUUUGGUGAGGCUUCCAGCACCUCAGGCACCGGUGUAGACGCUAGCUCGAGCGGUUUGCAAUCACAUGGAACAUCCAUCAAUACACAGUGUGCAUCUGGUGUGGCAACUUUGCCAUCACCGCUAGUCAGCAUCAGCACCGCCAGUUCUAGGGGAUCUACUUUGGACUCCGAUGAGACGUCAACAGACACCGAUUCACCAAGAAAACGCAUAACUGCCACACUAAGGAGUGCUUCUGCUCGAAUACAGACUUUGAACGGUAACGCAGUAACGUCAAAGAGGAAUAGCAAUACAGCUAGAACGGAAAGUGUUAGCGCAGUGGCUAGCGGGGCAACUGGCGUUAACUCAAGUCGGACCGUUACAGCUUGUGUAAAUACAACGACUUUCACUGUAUCUCACACCAGCAUCACAGCAGGUCAAACAGCGAUUGCUUUAGAUAGAGGGACUCCUACUAUCGCAUUGCAUAGACUCCCUAGUCACAUUGUAGCUAGCAUAGCACAGAAUGGAAAUGGCACGACCGUAUCGGCCUUGGUCGAGCAAGGCGCACGGAUAGGACCUAUCAGCUCUGCAGCAACUUUUCAAGCGAAUUACAAUAAAGAGGGAACCGACACAGGUGCUUCGAAACAAGAUUCUCUUGCGCAGUCCAAAACUGUUGUGUCCAGUCAGUCUGGUGCUGUUAAUUCUGUAAUAAAUGCUGUAUCCACUCCGUCUCCUGUCUUCAACCCACCCACAAGCCAGACUACUGUUGCUACUCCUGUAACACUUACGGGGAUGUCAAAAACUUCUACAAGUGUGGCAGGGCAAACUAUCACGACAUCCGCAGGAAUGGUUAGGCCCACAACCCCCUCAUCGGCACCUGCAGUGGCUACCCCGACACAGCCCCAGCUUCGACCUGGACUCUCUGCGCCUCAAAGGAUUGUAGCUCCCCAGCUGAUUGUCAGGCCUCCUCAGCAGCAGACGACCAUUCAGCUACCCCCUGGGUUUACCAUCCCACAGGGAAUGGUGUUGGUGCGCACUGAGAUGGGCCAGCUGGUCAUGGUUCCCCAGCAAGCCCUAGCCCAGGCCCAGGCCCAGGCCCAGGCCCAAAACAACAUCUCCCCACGACCUGCCACUCCCACGGCGGGAACUACCUUCAGAGUGACCACCCCACAGAAGGGCCCCGUGGCGCCAGCCGUGGCGGUGACGGCUCCUCAGCAGUCCCCUGCAGUCCUGCCCCCCCAGGCCCAGGCCGCCUCGCAGCCAGCCCUGCCCCCGCAGACCACCAACGCUCCAACGGGCCCCGGAGCCGCUGCCGUCUCCCAGGAGAUGCAGGAAAACGUGAAGAAAUGUAAGAACUUCCUGGCCACGCUCAUCAAACUGGCGUCUCACAACUCUCCUUCUCCUGACACUUCACGCAAUGUCAAGGCCCUCGUGCAGGACCUACUGGAUGCUAAGAUCGAACCAGAGGAGUUCACCAACCGACUACAGCUGGAGCUCAAGUCAUCCCCCCAGCCUUACCUGGUGCCCUUCCUGAAGAAGAGUCUCCCAGCUCUGCGGUUGUCCUUGCUCAGCAGUCAGCACUCCCUGACCCAGCCUCCCCAGCAGCAGAAACCCCCACCCACCGCCUCCAUGCCUGCCGUCGUGGCUGGGCCAGCUGUCCGUGUGCGCCAGCCCAACAGCAUAGCCGCUACCGGGGCCGGGGCGCUACCCGUCGGACACACAGCUGCCCUGGGUGUCAAGCGAGCGGGCUCUGCUGGCAGCCAAGUCCGGAUGCCCUUGGUGAUCCCACAGACACGAGGCUUGAUGGGGAAGGGAGCCACAAUACAGGCGGGCAGGAGUCCCGGGGGCUUUGCCGUUCAGGUGUCGGGGAAUCAGAAAAACAAGCUCAACGAUCCUGGAGGCGGUACUUUCAGGGACGAUGAUGACAUCAACGACGUGGCGUCCAUGGCCGGGGUGAACCUGAACGAGGAGAGCGCUCGCAUUCUGGCAACCAACUCCGAGCUGGUGGGCACUCAGAUCCGCUCCUGUAAGGACGAGGCCUUCCUCCACCCAGGUCUGCUGCACAAACGCAUCCUGGAGACAGCUAAGAAGUAUGGAGUCAGUGAAGUUCCUCUGGAGGUUGCCACCUUCAUCUCUCACGCCACUCAGUCUCGUCUGCGCACCGUUCUGGAGAAGGUGUCCGCUAUCGCACAGCACAGACUGGAUGCUUCCAAAGAUGAGGACUGGUACGAGCAGUCAGGAGAAGUACGGUCGCAGCUCAAGUUCUUUGAACAUCUGGAGAGGAUGGAGAAGCAGAGGAAGGAUGAGCAGGAGAGAGAGAUUCUGCUCAAGGCAGCCAAAAGUCGCUCCAGGCAAGAGGACCCAGAGCAGGCUCGCUUGAAACAGAAAGCUAAGGAGAUGCAGCAACAGGAGCUGGCUCAGAUGAGGCAGAGAGAUGCCAACCUGACAGCCCUAGCCGCCAUCGGACCACGCAAGAAACGCAAGAUGGACUCUCCGGGCUCCACACCGUCAGGGGCAGAGGUGUCCAGCAGCUCCGCAGGGUCACCGGCCGGUGCCUCCACCCCCUCCACCUCGUCACGCCAGUACGCCCGCCAGCGCAUCACCCGUGUCAACCUCAGGGAUUUGAUCUUCUACAUGGAGCAAGAGCGGGACACUGCCCACUCACUACUGCUCUACCGCGCCCUGCUGAAGUAGCCUCCUCGUCCCGCUCCCCCCCACCUGUAAGCAUUCCUCACCCCCCCCCCUAACCCAACGUAACCCAAACUUCCUCAUUAAGGUGCCUUCAAUUGGUUCUCAUGUUUCAGCUCAGUGUCUGUAGUGAUGUUUAACAUAGCUUUUGAUAAGAAGAGAGAGAAAACUCAAAAAUAUGAAUAUGGUUGUAUGGUUGAGUCUUCUUUGUUUUUAGCUUCAAGGUGUGGUGUAAAUGUAUAGAUAGUCAAGACCAUGCAAAUUCUGAAGGGUGUCAGUUGAUCUGGGUUUUCAAAAGAAGGAUCUGUGAGUUAUUUUCAUUUUCAAGUUGUGUCAAACGACUUGAGCCAGUCCUGUCCAUGUCCAUUGGUUACCUGUGUGUUUGAUGUUCCUGGCAGCUGAAUGAACCAUCUCAUUUAUUUUUACGGAAUCAUAUUUUCAACCUAAUACAGCCUACAGCAUUUAUGUCUCUACAACAUAUUUAUUGAAUAGAGUUUGAUAAAUAUCUUGAGAAGUCAGAAUUUCAUACCAGUGCAUCACAUUUUGGAAAAAAUAAUAUAGUUUAGAGACUAUAAUAAGUAGCAUAACAUUACAGUGCAUUAAGCUUCCAUUCUUGUAAAUAGUUAUUUUUAAUUAUUUAAACAUGUAUGAUGCAUGUAUAAUGUUUUUACCACACAUAAUGUUUUAGCAAAAGAAGAAAAAAAGAACAACAACCAUGUGUCAUUACCAAUACUAUGUCAAUUCACAGGAAUUGAAUUUUGUCAAAGGAGGCACGACAUCUUGUUCCUUCACUUGUAAAGUUUGUCUCCAUACAGUCCUGUCCCCUUCAGACCCUCCCCCAUCCCCUUGUUCAGUAAAGAAACCAUGGUCACAAACACCAGUCCUCCCAGCAGAGAGGCUGCAGGGGUGAUCAAGGGGGGCCUUGUUGAACAAGGCACCAAGGUUUCUUAUUACCCACACACUUCUGCUUGUGGUUUUUGCUUCAAUACUUUGUUGUUAUCUGUCAGUUUUGGGUGUCCACGUCCCUUUCUGUUGACUUGGAGGCCUACUCUUUGAGGCCAGCCCCACCAUGGAUGCCCACAGUGGGGUCACUGAACCAGCAGUCAAUCCGGGACCAUCUUCCAGUCAGUAACAUAUUCUAACAUAUCAGGUACCUGCAAAGGUGCAUAGCAGAGAUGUUGAAAUAGAAAGGCAGUUCUCUCAUUUGAACCUCACAUACAUUUGUCUUUUUUAUGCUUUGUUUUGUAUUAUUCCUGUCUCUAUGUGUGUGUAAUGUUGGGACCCAGUGCUUCCCGGCAAGUUUUUGGAUGAUCCCUGUCCUAAGGGUCACAACUCAGAGGUAGCUAAGCAAAACCUCCCUUUUGACCAAUCCUUACUUUAAAGGCCUUUGUAUUUUUGGCUUGGUUUUAAACCACUCACCGUCUAUGCAGCUACAGUCAAUUUGUUCAAUUGCUAACUUAAAGGUUUAUUGUAGUUUCUCUAACAGGACUAUUUUGUUUUGUAUAACUUCACCCAGUAAAAACAACAGAAUAAGAAACUUACUUAUAAACUAAUUUGAGUGAUUCAAUAAUGACUUUUUUGAAGUUUGAUACAUGCUAAGUGUAUGUUAAAUCAAAUCAAAUGUAUUUAUACAGCCCAUUUUACAAACAAUGUCACAUAGGGCUGUUAAUAAAUCUGUUGUUUUACCAAGAACUGUCAAAUAGAAAUUUGAGCACUUCCCUGGAGUUUUUAGGGUGGAAUCAACAGAUGUUGAGGUGGCCUCAUCUCUACUGUCAGGUAGACAAAACUCCUUCUGUUAUAUUUAGCAACAACUUUACAACAUUCAAGGAUCACACAACAUUACAGAAACAUUGAAGGGCAAGCAGAAUUAUUUUAAAGAGCCCUGAAUGUUUUAUCUCAUUCGGUUUAUAAUCUUGUUUGGAAGACUUUUUAUCCCUUCAGACAACUUAGUAUCUCAUUGAACGACUCAGUUAAUUAGUUGAACGAUAUACAAUUUAAUACAAGAAUUUCACCAAUGCAAACUAGCUUUCAAAUUGGCAUGCUCAAAUUCAUGAUUUGUGCCACUGGCCAUAGAGACAGGGAGCGUGGCCUUGUGUCAGCUAACCCUAACCAGCCCAGGUGGAGAGGGACUGGUGGUUUAGUCAAGUGCCCCAUGCCACUGUGUGAGAAGGUCAGGCUGCCACCGAACUCAUGUCUUUGGUUAUUUUCAACCAAUUAAGUAGUUAGAAAGACUUGAAAUGAAAAAAGUAGUUGAAAUUAGAUCUAAAUGAGAUAAUAUUGUACAAAUGAGAUGAUAAAGUCGAGAUAUAAAGUCCAAAAGUUGUCCGGACAUGAUAAGUCGUCCAAAUGUGAUUACUAACACGUUUGAAUGACUUACAGGUCGCUAUGUUAUUUUGCUCUCCUGCCCUUCAGGACAACCGUGAAAUAUGGCCAAUUGCUAAAGAACGCUUACAUUAUUUUCUAGCUAUAUAUAUUCUUUGUACAUUGGCAGUAAUGCCUGCCACAUUUCAGGCAAAUCAAUUAUAUCUCAAACUAUGAUAUUGGAGAGAAAUGUAAAAAAGCACAAUCUUAAAUAUUUGUUUUGUGGUUACAACAAUUUUAGUAAUUAUUUGUGUGAUUUCUGAUAAAAUACAAGAGGACAUUUCUACUUCUUCAGCUUUUUAGCCAAAACACUAGGUCAAUAUUACUGUUGUACACAGUUGGAAAAUGUAUGUUUUAAUGUAUGGAUAAUAUGUAAAUAUUGUUUACAAAACCAUGUGUUUAUUAGAACUACGUUAUUUUUGGUAAGCUCUGUACAUAUAUUGAAAACUUCCUGUUUGUGUGAAAAGCAUACAUCUGUAUUUGUACCAAUUUUGUAAAGGAAUAAAUAAGCUGUUUACUAAACUGAUCAGAAACUGUGUUUUAAUACUUUUGUAAUUGUAAUAUAUAACAUUGUUGUAUGUUGUCUAAUGUAUGUGGUUAUAUAUUCACUUCACUCACUUUAACAUUCAGACAUCACCUCAAUUUUUAGGGCAGUAUUAUCAAAAUUAAAUUGACUAAUGAAACCUACUUCAUUUCCAUUUACUAGCAUUACACAUGCUCUGUACAAAUUGAGUUAAGUACCACUGCUAGACUAAGAAAAGUCCCCCCAGGAUUCUGCUGCUAAUUAAGCGGCAGCAUUUUGAAAAGACCAAAACGUUUAACUCAGUGCAAAACACUGGGGUUGGGGAGCGGGUUCGUUUUUUGUAUUCUUUUCUUGAUGCCAUCCCAUUUCUAAGUCCCUUUGGAGCUUAAAGCUGCUGCUCUGUGUUUAACCCCAAAAACUGCCUUCGCUGAGAGUGAGCGAGACCUCAGACAUGCUAGGACUCAGGAACAGAACACGCUUCACCACAGGUACAAGUCUCA